AUGACUCGGCAUAAUCUCGACACGCACAUUACUUGGUUGUUAUCGCACAGAGUCGCUCCGCCCUCCGGCGCCCACGCCCGAGUCUCAACCAAUUCGACGACCGCAGGACUUGUGAACGCAAGCCCGGUAGAGAAGGAAACAGAAGAAGAGGAAGAAAACCCGAGGUUUCUGCCGAGUCCGACUCGACCCCAACGAAUCCCACGGCCGGUCGAUGUCGUUCAAGCAUUUGCCCGACCGGCCCUUCCACCAUCGAUUGUUGCAAGAACAUACCGGCAGGACCCCAGUCAAGCCUUAACGGACGAGUCAAUGGGGGGGCUCAAAUCGGCAAAUAAAUCAACGAGACCUGGUCUCAUGAGCCAGCAUCAGCUUGCUACUCCGGCAUCUACCACAUCAUCUACCGCAUCAUCUGCGUCCCUUACCAGGAGCUAUACAAACUUUUUGAAAGACAACAACGAUCAUGGCACUCCUUCCUCGAGACAGCCCCCGAAGAAGACGCUGCCGCCGAGUGUUCGAAGAGGGGCUUUCCAGACUCCACAAACCCCCAGACAAACUCCUCGCGUACAGACGGGACUAACGCUCGAGACGAUUGAAUCUGUAGAUCUCACUGGUGAAGAAUACUGCGAAAUCCAAGCUCCCGGGUCCAGCAGCUCGGUAGAAGUAUUUGGGGAGCCCCAACGACUAUGGAAGGAGGACUCAGCUUCACGGCCUGAGCCGCGGCUCCAACCUUCGAAGAAACGGAAGAGCCUUGAAAUGUCGCCUGGACGCUCAAAAAGGACGAACGCCCACGAGCAGCAAUAUACGAAGAAAGAUAGGAACGACUACACGAGCGCAGAUGGAUUUGUGGAUAUUGACGAUAUAGUACCAUCCCAGCAACAUCAAUCCUCUCUCGAAUCCGUGAGGCCGAGCAUCGAAGUGUCAAUGGUCGCGCAAGAAAUUGGACAGGAGGUCCGGUUGACAGAGACUAUCAGCAGAACAGAAACUCGGACACGAGCGAGAAUCAGCAGAGUCCCAUCUGUCAGUGAUGGUCCAUCAAGACAUGCUCCCGGAGGCUACGAUUUCCUCUCUGCUUCCCAAAGACCCUCGCCUACCAUGAGUCCGGGGCCUAAGGUCCAAGUUGCAGCUUCGCCAUCGCGAAAGGUAAAAUCUCCUUCAAUUGCUGCGCCCCAGACGCCACAAAAGACACUCAAGCGCCCAGGGCAGACCGUCAUUCAAGAUUCUGAGGACGACGGUUGUGACUCAGAUGUCGAGAGACAAGCUAGCUGCUCCCCGCGAGUGCCAGUUAAAGAUAGCCCUCGAGCUUUCAGCCCACGAGUAAAUCCGAGAAUGGACAAUAUAACGAUCGAACAGGUCGACUGUAGAAUGAGAGAUGAAAAAGACUCGAAGCCCAGAACUGGAAGUCCUUUGCGACCUAUAUCACGGAACGUGUCAGCGAAACCCGAAAAUGUGCCAUCGCAACUACAAUGCAGCUCGCCAACGAAGUUGAAACUUGCGACUCAGACUAUACAGCAGCCUUCAAGCCAGCAGACUCCGAGUGCCUCUUUGGGGGUGGAUGACAGGAGACUAGCAUUGAUGUAUCUUGCUCAGCCUUCGAGAAUAGACCUGUACCACCAGCGUGUGCAGCUCCUGCUUGCUCAGAAUGCUGUCGCUGUAAUGGCAUACAUAGACGACGAAGAGACGGCUCCAGCUCAUCUCAGGGAUGAACGGACGGCUUUGUUAGAUGUGCUCAAGUCAUACUCCGCACUCAAAGAAAUUGGGGUAAGAUACAAAAAUUUGAUGGAGGAGAAGAAAAGCCUUGCUCGGCAGGUUUAUCAGCUCCUGGAAGCUGGUUCCGACGCAAGUGAGGAAGAAGAACGACAAUGUUUAGUUACAGGAGACAUCAAAAGAAUCGAGAAAAAUGUGGCGGGUCUUUUGCACAAGUCAGGGGCGAUCAAGGAUGGAUUUGGGACAGGAUCAGAGGUCGAACAACAGGACCCAUCGGUAAUCUCAAAGAAGAAAGAGACUAUUGAUCCACUGCCAUCUGGAUCUAGCAUUACUGGAAGUGCCCAAGUCAUCAUGCAGACUCAAUUUCCCUCGGUACCGCCUAGUUCAGCAGCAAAUUCCAAUUCCCGUUCAGCGAAGGACUUUCCACCUCAUUCUUCAUCCAAAUUUGGAUUGGCAGGCCUCUCGACCACAGAAAAGGGAUACGGCUCCCCAUCUCCUCUACGGUACCAAAACAGGCCAUCGACCUCAAACGCACCGCAGCCUGCGGCCGCUCGGACGAAAUGGCCCUCGCCCGAGCGUGUGAAACAGCCGAACUUUUAUUGCGAAUCGACACCUUUGAACUACGAGGACUACGAGGACGCUGAGCUUGGUGACUUGCUCGCAGAAGAGCCGUUACAGCAGCAUGUUUCGAGGGUCCAAGAAGAGGUGCCCGGUGAAGCUGAAGAUGACUAUGGAGAUAGCGGCGAUGAUGACGACUUUGAGGAACUCGCCCAGGCCGUCGAGAAGCGACAAUCUAUCUCUUUCCCUACACCCGUUCCAACAACGCGUCUCGCUCUAUCUGAGACUAUUUUGAGCCUUCCAAGGCCUACGAAAAAAGGUCGAGCGGUCGAGGAGAAAACGAUGUACUCGCAUGUGGAGGAUCAAAACAGCAUGUUCCACCACCCCUGGUCCAAGGACGUCAAAACAGUACUGAGGGAACGUUUCAAACUGAAGGGAUUUCGUCGCCAUCAGAUCGAUGCUAUCAACGCCACCUUGAGCGGGCAGGAUGCUUUUGUUCUAAUGCCUACUGGAGGUGGAAAAUCUUUAUGCUACCAACUACCAGCCGUUGUCAAUUCAGGAAAGACACGAGGCGUGACUCUUGUUAUCUCGCCACUUCUGAGUCUCAUGAACGAUCAAGUCCAGCAUCUUCUGGUAAAGAAGAUCCAGGCUGCUACUUUGAAUAGUGAUUCUCCUUCUGAAGUUAAAAGCGACAUUUGGAGUGCCCUAAGGGAGGAAAACCCAGAGCAGUAUAUACAGUUACUCUACAUUACGCCCGAGAUGAUCAACAAAAGUCCGCCGAUGAUAGCGGCACUGACACGCUUAUACAAGAAAGGGAAGCUUGCCAGAAUCGUCAUCGAUGAAGCACACUGUGUGAGCCAGUGGGGGCACGACUUUCGACCUGAUUACGUGGCUCUUGGCCGGUUACGAAGUGAUUUCCCGAGAGUCCCACUCAUGGCACUGACUGCCACUGCUACCAGCAAUGUGAAAGACGAUGUCAUGACAAAUCUCGGCAUGAAAGGAUGCCCCGUAUUUACCCAAAGCUUCAACAGGCCAAAUUUGUAUUAUGAAGUGCGUCUGAAAAGGGGGAAAGGGGUUCUAGCCAAAAUGGUCACAGAAAUCGUGGAACUUGUCAGGGAUACGUAUAAAAACCAGACUGGCAUCAUCUAUGCCUUGUCCCAAAAAGGUUGUGAAGAUUUGGCUCAAAAACUGGCAAAUGAGCAUAAUCUUAGAGCAUACCACUACCAUGCUGGUAUGAAUCGAGAGGAUAAAGCUACUGUAUUGCAGGAUUGGCAGACUGGUAAGAUACAAGUCGUCGUUGCUACAAUUGCCUUCGGCAUGGGCAUUGACAAACCUGAUGUACGGUUUGUUAUCCAUUCAUCUGUACCGAAAAGCCUCGAGGGCUACUAUCAGGAAACUGGAAGGGCCGGAAGAGAUGGUAAAAGGUCCGGCUGCUAUCUUUACUUCGGCUACCAGGACACCUCCACCCUGAAGAAGUUCAUUGAAGACAGCGAAGGUAACGAGGAUCAGAAGAACAGGCAGCGAAAUAUGCUCAAGAACAUGGUUGGGUACUGUGAGAACCGUACGGACUGUCGCAGGUCACAAGUCCUACGCUACUUUGGCGAGAAGUUCUCUAGAGAGGACUGCCGACAAUCUUGUGAUAACUGCUGUUCCGACGCUGUUUUUGACGACGUCGACUAUACGGAGUAUGCAAAGGCCGCGCUGAAGAUUGUCACGCAUGUUCAACACCACUCUUUCACCAUCCUUGCCUGCGUGGACAUCUUACGAGGCGCUGCUGGCGCCAAAUCAAAAUUGACCAAGCAGGGAGGUCCAGGUGAACAUGAGGAGUUUGGAAUGGCUAACAAGAUGGAUCGUGGUGAUGUUGAACGUCUCUUUUAUCGCCUCGUCAAUGAGCAGGCAUUGGUAGAGAAGAGUGUCUGGAACAAGAGUGGGUUUCCAACAGACUAUGUGCACCUGGGGCCAAAUUGUGACGAUUUUCUGAGAGGAUCACGGAAGUUAUAUCUUCAAGUUCAAGUUGCUCGAGCCCCUCCAACAAAGACAAAGGCAAAGAGCAGUACAAGAUAUCCACCAUCGACGAUGCUAACUUCUCCGAUUUCUCCUGCCUCGCGAAGGAAUAAGUUGACCAGCAAGUAUAGCAAUCCCAUCGAAGGUGGAUAUGCUGCGGAUGACUUCGUCGACGACGACGACGAGUAUUUUGAGGAAGAAGACGCUAUUGAGUCAGUACAGGAUUCAAGAAGAUGGCGAGAGGAGGUCUCUGGGGGCCCGAUCACAAACGAUCUGCGCAUGGCUGCCCUUCCUGAUAUUCAUCGCGAAUUGGUGCAUGGCUUUGUACAGGAAGCCAAAAAGAUAGAGGAGAAACUUCGAAAUGCAGAUGGCGGACGCAAACCCUAUUUCACGGAAUCCCAGUUGCGCGAAAUGGCAAUCAAUUGGACAAUCACCACAGAUACCAUGCGUAAAAUACGUGGGAUAGACGUCGAGAAAGUCAAAAAGUUCGGCGGGAAAUUUAUUCCCCUCAUUCAAAGUACCUUUAAGCACUACAACGAUAUCAUGAGUGGAGGUCAUGAUCAAGAUCUAGAUAUUGACGAGAACCACGCCAAUGUCAUAGACCUUGUCACGGACGAAGAAGACGAAGAAGACGAAGAAGAAGAAGAAGAAGAAGAAGAAGAAGAAGACUCUGAACAAAUGGAUCCUGAUAUCGAAGCUGCCAUCUUGCAGGCAGAACACCAGUCCAAAUACUUUUCUGGGAGACCUACUGCGUCGAAUCCAACUCGGGCCAAAAAUGGUGGCAAAUCUGCAGGCUCUAGGAGUCGUUCUGGAAGUAGCUUUCGAGGCAAGGGAAGAGGGAGAGGUACGAAAAGGAAGAACUACAGUGCACGAAGUGUAAGGACCAGCAUCGGAUCUACUUCUGGUCCAAGCACCUCGGGCGUGAGGAAAAGUAGUUAUACAAGAAAGCCCCGGGCAGGCAAGCAGUCCAGCGGUCCGGACAUCAGGAAUUAUGGAGGAAGAGGGGGCGGUGGUAUUGGCAUGAUGCCAACAUGA